AUGUCUACCAUUGGCGGGCAAGACAACGGUCCACCUAUCUUCAAAUCCGUUUCCAGCUCGGCUAGACAGCUCUUCCAGUUACUCAAUUGCAUUCGAUUUGCACCCAAGGCACAAGUUCAGAUCAGUCCGGAAGGCAUACGCUUUGCUGUUGAGGAGUCUCGUGUUAUGCAAGGAAUCGUCUUCCUCGACAAAGCUCUCUUUACCACAUUCAAUUGCAGUCUACCAGAACCAGAAGCUGUAGCAGACGAUACUGAAGCCGAAGCUCCCGAAUAUCCCAAUUUCCAAAUUUCUCUUGCAGCGCUCCUCGAAACUCUCCAGAUUUUCGGCGCAGCAGAUCCUGCAAAUGCACGAUUCCUAAAGUCUGAUAACGACGGAUACUCCAGCAACAUACGACCAGGUCGUCCCAAUGCAUUCAGCAACCAAGCUCUCGGAAUGGCUGGUGUCUGUCGACUAUCAUACGCUGGCAUUGGGUCGCCCUUCAGCAUCAUACUGGAAGAAUCAGGAGUUACGACCACAUGCAAUCUCAACACUUACGAGCCCGAAAAUCCCGAAGAAAUCCCGUUCCAACGAGACGCCAUGCAAGUCAAAAUCAUUAUGCAAGCACGCUGGCUUUUCGAUGCUGUUUCCGAGCUGAGUGCUACUUCUCCAACACGUCUUGACCUUACUGCUCAUCCUGGUGCGCCGUACUUAAGUCUAUCAGCUGUUGGUCCUCUUGGCAGCGCAAGUGUCGAGUUUGCCAAGGGCAGAGAAUUGCUUGAGACUUUUACCGUGGCUGAGAAGUGGACUCAGAGCUAUAAGUUCGAAAUGAUCAAGUCCGCAGCUGAAGCUAUGAGAUUAGCCAGCAAGGUCAGCGUUCGAGGUGAUGAGCAAGGUGUUCUAAGUUUGCAGUUCAUGGUUGAAGUUGAGGGCGGUGGUAUCAGUUUCGUUGAUUUUAGAUUUGUUCCUUUUAUUCGUGGUGAAGAUGAUGAAGAAGAAGAGGGUGAAGAAGAGGGUAGUGAGGAUGAUGAAUAUGGUGAUGAAGAAGAUUUGCUGCAGAAUUAA